AUAAAAAUUAAUAAAGGUUUGUAGAGUGGAAUUAUUAUGAAUUAAUCAGAUCCGUCUAUCCACGCUAUAUAACUCCCUUUACUCUCUUCUUUCCCUCUCAUUUUCAGUUUCUUCUUCUUCUCUUCUUCAGCUGCUGCUGCUGCUGAAACCAAACCAAAUCCAAUUUUCUUCUCUAUAAUCCAAUUUCCCUUUUUCCGCCAUGGAAGGUGCUACUGGACCUCAGUACAACCCUCGCACCGUCGAAGCUGUUUUCCGGGAUUACAAAGGUCGGCGAGCUGGUUUGAUCAAGGCUCUCACCACUGAUGUUGAGGACUUUUACCAGCAGUGCGAUCCUGAAAAGGAGAAUCUUUGUUUGUACGCAUAUCCCGGUGGGUCAUGGGAAGUUACUUUACCUGCUGAAGAAGUUCCUCCUGAACUUCCAGAACCUGCAUUGGGGAUCAAUUUUGCUAGGGAUGGAAUGCACGAAAAGGAUUGGCUAUCUUUAGUUGCUGUUCACAGUGACGCAUGGCUACUCUCCGUGUCUUUCUACUUUGCUGCAAGAUUUGGUUUCGGUAGAUCUGAAAGGAAACGCCUUUUCACUCUGAUUAACGAUCUGCCAACAAUAUUUGAGGCUGUGACUGGAUCUGCAAAGAAACAGGAAACGGACAAGCCAUCCGUCUCGAGCCACAACAACUCAAAGCCUGGUUCAAAAGUGCGUGGAUCUGAACAGGAAAACGAAGAAGAAGAGGAAGAAGAAGAAGAAGAAGAAGAAGAAGAAGAAGAAGAAGAAGAUGAAGAAGAAGAAGAUGACGGGGUAUUGGACGAAGAAGAUGAGGAGCAAGGGGAGUGUGCUGCUUGUGGCGAGAGCUAUGUAUCUGCAUCUGAGGAGUUCUGGAUUUGCUGCGACGUGUGUGAGAAGUGGUACCAUGGAAAGUGCGUGAAGAUCACUCCUGCCCGAGCCGAUCACAUCAAGCACUACAAGUGUCCUGCAUGCAACAAUAAGAGAUCUCGUCCUUGAAUAUCAUAGGGAUGUGAGUUACAUCUCACUGCUGUAACUCUAUGCCGGCCAGCUAUUUAGUUAGUUGCUUAGACAUUCUGUGUUGUGCCAUUUUGUGCGUUUUAGUCCCGUCAACUACUUUUGUGGAUAUUAUUUAUUAAAAUACUUGAUAGUUGGCGUGUUUCGUUUCGGACAUGUCUCCAACCUUUUCCCUGUAUGUUGGGAUAUUUAUAUGUUCUUAGUACCCAGAAAACAAUUUUUUUGCUACA